GCUCUUAAUAGCAAAGCGACUCCACUAUCGUGAGUUCCAGCGGAGCCGCCGCUUAUUAGGGCCAUUGACACAGUUAUCAUCGUGCAGGGAUUUUUCGGCAAAGUUCCAGUGAUUUUAAAAGCUCCCAAUAGCAAAAAUGGCAAAGAAGGCCACUUCGCUUUUAGCACGGGCUCUGGAGAUGUCAGAAAGACAGUCGUGCGAUGUCAUGAGGAGAAACUCCAACUGCACCAUCAGACAUUUGAGCUCAUGUGGUAUCUUAGCUACGAGGCGGGUAAGCUUAGGCCUACCUCCUCCUCCAGCAUCUUCUCAGAUGGUGCCCACCCGGAGCUUUAUUGGAUUUUUAUUAACUUUUAUGUCGCUACUACAAGUUAAUUCUCAUUUAGCAAUAUCCUUGUUGACACAAGUUGAUUUUCCCUCUAGUUACUCACCCGAGCAAAUGUACAACAUUGUUGCCAGUGUGGACCAGUACCAGCAGUUUGUGCCUUGGUGCAAGAAGUCAAAGGUAACGAGGGGGCGGAAUGGGGACAUGAGAGCUCAGCUUGAAAUCGGGUUCCCCCCGAUCAUUGAACGCUACACCUCUGAGGUCACAGUCAUCCCGAACCACCAAGUCCGAGCACUGUGUACAGACGGGAUGCUCUUUAAUCACCUUGAGACAUUGUGGCGAUUUACUCCUGGAGCUGCUGGCCAGACUGAAUCCUGCAAUGUAGAGUUCUUUGUGUCAUUUGAGUUCAAAUCUUUGCUCCACUCACAGUUAGCGACAGUAUUUUUUGAUGAGGUGGUCAAACAGAUGGUUAACGCUUUCGAGACGCGAGCAACCAAACUUUAUGGCACCGGUGUUCAUCAACAGAAGACUUCACUCAGAAGAACAACUUAAGAGCAACGUUAAAACGGACACAAGGACAUACAUGAAUCACAAACUUUGUUAAAAUGUUCUGGAGAAGAACAGCUCCUCUUUUUUAAUCCAGUUUGUUGGAUUUUGGAUUGUAAAUGCCAGCUCAAUUUUUAGCUGGAAACAAAUUGAGAAGCCUAUUUAUUUAAACCAAGACAGAUCUAAUUUAUUUUGAUGAGUGUGUGUAUAAUUUAUAUAUCAUCUUUGGAGUGAAAGAGGAAGAUGAUUGCAGUAAAACGUGUUGAGGAUGGAUGCUUUUUUAUAUUUAUGAUCAUUAUAUUCACAAGGUUGACCAAAGGGAAACAAAAUCAUCUCCAAAUUAUUAUUGAGUGCACUUUUUCCAGACUUGUAAUAAAACAAUAAUAUAUUUUCUUAA